AAAUAACCUACAACAUAAUUGCCUCUGAAAGUGGAAAAAGGAAGAUUCAACUUUCUAUCGUAUACAUUUAUUCAUUAUUGAAUAUAAAAUGUUUAAUAGAUAAAAAAUUUAAUUUUUAGGACUAGGACGUGUUUUCCUUCUAAACAUAUUUUUAGAAUGAAUUCUGACGAGACAAAUAAUUUCGAAGACGAGCAAUCGUUGGUUGAAUGGUUCAAUGAAAUAGGACUUUCCGAAAACAAUGCCGAAAAAUUGGAAUAUUUUUUUAAAAUCCAGGAGAUGCUUCUACGCAAAUCUCCGAAUUUGUUAUCGAAAUAUCUGUCCAACGUGUUGAAUUUCACAACAAAUAAAAGUGGAGAUUUGAAGAAAGCGUUGGUAGGAUUCAUUGAGGAACUAUGUAAAUUGAAGGAGACUUAUUUACCUGUUGUUAUUGUAAACCUGUACAUGCUCUUGUGUGAUGAAUCUAUUGCAGUUCAGAAACGAGUUAUUCAAGCAGCUAUAACAAUAUACAGAAAAAUGCUAGCUUGGCUGUGUAAAGCCCCUCACAUAACAGAAGAAAUGAAUGAAGGUUGGACACAAUUGAAUCAGAUUAAACGAGAAAUUACAAACAUGAUAGAUAGUGACAAUGAUGGUAUCAGAACAAGUGCUGUAAAAUUUUUAGAAUGUGUUAUUUUAUUACAAACUUAUCCAGAUGAGAUUGAAAAUAGAAAGCAGAAUGACUUUUCCUUGGAUGAUGUUCCUCUUACCCUAAAAAUAGCAAGAAGACGAAAAUUGGAGGAGGAAGCUAGCUCUUUAUUUGAGGUUUUACUGAAGUUCCAUAAUUCAACCCACAUUAGCAGUGCGAACCUAUUAACAUGUCUUGGUGUAUUGACAAAUUUGGCUAAAACAAGAGCCGAGUUAAUGUCAAAAGUUGUAUCAGCCAUUAUUAGUUUGUACAAAAAUCUACCGCCUACACUGAGUACCACUCAAGUAAACUCUGUGCGAAAAAAACUGAAAACAGAAUUAACUGGGUUAAUGAAACAUCCCGGUGCAUCGGACUACAUUGAACAGAUUACCCCAAUUUUGAUAGAAUUAGGCUGUUCUCAGAGCGAAAUAAACAGAAUGCUCCCCAAGACGGAAGAACGAAAGAGAUAUGCCAAAAGGACACUAUCUUUUGAGUCCCUCCAGCUGCACCAACCCAAACGGAAAAAAGUUGAGGAUCAUAUCAAUGUCGAGUUUGAAGAUUUCCAAGAAAAAAGACUGACACCGCAAGAAAUCAAUGAAAAAUUUGUGUUGGAGAAAUUGAAUCUGCUGAAAGUGGUUGAGAUCGUAGAGGUUACUCUUGUAGAGUUGCCGGACAAUAUGCCGUCUUCUUUUGCCAAGGAUUAUGAUAAGUUGCUCAAAGCUGGAUCGGUUGGCAAUGAAGAAAUUACCGUGAUGAUGCUGGCUACCUUGCUUACCGAAAAUGGUUUGGGUCCUGGGGGACCUGUUGUGGAAUCAAAUGACAGCAAGAAGAGAGAAAGAGAAAAUGACGAUGACAAGGGUGAUGAAGAUAAGGCAAAAAAAGAUAAGAUCAAAAUUCCUCGUAUAAAAACCUUGAAGUUGGGCGAAGUAAUAAAACCUUUAGAGAGAGAAACAAAAGAAAACAUGCUUGUUGGAUCAGUUAAGCGAUUGUUAUCUUGCGAAAAUAUAGUCAGUCGUAAUUUACAUCAAAAGAUAAUUGCCACGUUGGCUGCAUCUUUUUGUCCACUGGUUAAGGAAACGAUUAUCACAUUUCUAAUCAAUGAUUUGAGGGCCCAUGUCGAUAUCGCCUUAGCCUGGUUGUUUGAGGAAUACAGUAUAAUGCAGGGAUUUUCCAGGAAACCUCCCUUAAGGAAAGAUGCUAAAAUUGAUCAAUCAUAUAAUAUUCUGCUGUGCACCCUAGUGAGCACAGCCUCAAACGACUCGUUCAUCCUGAGUAAACUUCUUUUGGAGGCACCCCUAGUGACGGAAGAGGCUCUGGACCAGGUGAAAGUUCUGUGCAGAGACGAAAAGAGGUGCGAAUGGGUGUUGGCACUCCUGAAAGACCUGACCUUGAGCAAACCACCGAAACAACUGACGUUCCUCAACGUGCUCCUUCUGUUCAGUACGUAUGAACAGAAUUUUGUUCGAGAUUGCGCUUUGAAACAUAUCUUGGAGUUGCACAAGAGGGAAGAUUUGAAGGUGAUCAUUGAAGAAUUCGCCAGGAUGAACUUGGAAUUCUUGAAACUGAAGAGACCGCCAGAGGGCCUUUGCGGUUUCAAUCAGGGAAGAUUGAAGAGCGAAUCUUGGGGCGAUGAUUUCAUCAAAGCCUGUUUGUUACCCUUUAUUUCUCUGCUUCCCGCAGACCAAGUUCUGAUCCACGACCUGGCAGAUAUCUACGUACAAACUAGUGCCGAUAUCAAGAGGAUUAUUUUGAGACUGCUGGAUACGCCUAUCAAGGAGAUGGGUAUGCAUUCUCCGGAACUAUUCAAAGUAAUGAAGGAAUGCUCCAAAGGUUCGGAAACUCUAGUUACUAGGAUAAUUCACAUCCUCACCGAGAAAGAACCUCCGACUGCCGAACUGGUGCAGAUCGUCAGAGAUUUAUAUAGCUCUAAAGUGUCAGACGUUCGGUUCCUUAUUCCUGUUCUCAACGGUUUGUCCAAGAAAGAGAUUUUGACGGCUUUGCCAAAACUAAUAAAGCUCAACCCGGUUGUUGUCAAAGAGGUGUUCAACAGACUUCUUGGUUCGCAUGGUGACAGCCCAGUGUCGCCAACCGAAUUAUUGGUUUCUCUACACACCAUUGAUACUUCCAAAGCUGAUCUCAAAACUGUUAUUAAGGCCACUUCUUUGUGUCUUCAAGACAAACAGAUUUUUACGCAAGAAGUUAUGGCUGUAGUGUUGCAACAACUUAUGGAGCAAACUCCUUUGCCAACUCUGCUGAUGAGGACUGUUAUUCAAGCUCUUGGAAGUUAUCCUAGAUUGUCAGGGUUCGUCAUGAACAUUCUUCAGCGACUAAUCAUCAAACAAGUAUGGAAACAAAAAGUUGUUUGGGAAGGUUUCAUAAAAUGCUGUCAGAGGACAAAACCUCAAAGCUUUGCUGUAUUGAUGCAGUUGCCUCCGCCUCAAUUAACGGAAGCUCUAAAUAUGUGUCCAGAGCUGAGGGUGCCUCUGAAGGAUCAUAUAUUGUCCUUAACCGAGGGACAGCUUGCACACAUUCCUUCAGCUGUAAAGGAGAUUUUACUGAAUACUUAUAGGCCGCUAACUGGACAAGAGACUGCUCCUGCAGUUGGGUUGCCACCUUCCAACCAAAGCAUGCUUCCGCCAAUGGAUACUAUUCCAAAUACGAUGGUACCACCGCCAGUAGUUGCUCCUGCCAUGGCAACAGAACCUUUACCUCCCGGGAUGGAAUGAUACAAAUAUUGUAUAGUGAAUCAGAUUUUAUAUGUUAAAAAUUCUCAGAUAAGUAUAUUUGAAUAAAAAAAAAUUUUAUAAAAUAAGAA